AUGAAACUGAUCAUGCAAAAAGAGCCCCUUGUUCUGGCGAUUCUCGUCAUUCUCUGUGCACUUGCUGCUGGCGAAACCGAGGAUCAGCUUGAUAACGAUGAACUGUGGGACCGAUUGCUCAAAGGCAACUUACAUGAAAUCAAAACAAACGUCCCGGGAGAUGACGCUGAAGAUUCCUCCGGCGGACGCGGGGUGACCCCAUCCAGUCAUCAGUUGGACCAGGAGCAAUCAAUGAACGGUGGUGAUGGUGGGGUUGAUGGCGGUCUAAUCGAUGGUCAUGCUGGAGGCAUCAACCACACCAGCACUGAUACUGAUAACGGUGAUCCGGAGGAGUUUCUCGCGCGCAAUGGAAGCGCCGCGGCACCGGUCAAGCACGACAGCGCUGAUAGUCCGUGGUGGGAACCUGCUAACGAUGAUAAUAAAGCUCCUGAAGCAGAGCUCGGCAUCGAAGGUGACGUGAUCGAUGGCAGUGGUCAGGAUUCGCUUCCACAGGGUGACGAACCGUCGCUCUUUGAUAAGGAAAUUGUUAGCAUUCUGCGUAGUCGACCCGAAUCCCGCGAGAUUUUGGACCUGCUUGGCGUACCAAAAACGGUCAACGAAUCCAACGCAUCCAGUGAUCCGCGAGUGGUGAAGGAACAGCUAAAAAACAUCCUUACUCAACCCCUGGGAAAGAGAAAAUACCAUCAAGUUCUUCCGACGAUCGCGGAAAAUGAGUAUAAUUUGGAACCGCUGGUCACGCCCGCUCCGCUGUCCUCCGAUCAACGCGAUUUAGGUCGACCAACGAGUGUACUCCUUCCGGAUUUGAAUCGCACCCUUGCAGCGCACCGGCAAUCGCUGCUUCCACCAAAGCAAGGCCAGCGAAGUCUGGUCAUUGUUUUUGACGCAACCGGAUCCAUGCUCGACGACCUACAGCAGCUGCGCGAUGCCGCUAGGCUCAUCAUCGCCGAAAUUACACAGAAGGAUAACAAUCCGAUCUUUAACUACAUAUUCGUCCCAUUCCGCGAUCCUCACGUUGGUCCCAGGCUGGUAACGCGCAACAAAGACGAACUGCUCAGUGCCCUCGACAAACUGCAGAUCAUCGGUGGUGGCGAUUGCCCUGAGGCGGCUCUAGAGGCCAUUUCUAGCGCGAUCGAGGCCGCACUGCCUCACUCGUUUGUGUACGUGUUCACCGAUGCGACGGCGAAGGACUUCCGGCUCGAUCAGCGCGUGAUGCAGCUGGUGCAGAAGAAGCAAACUCCGAUCACCUUCCUGCUGACGGGUUUCUGUGAUGGGAAGACGACACCGGGCUACCAGGUGAUGAACAACAUUGCCGCUGCUAGCAAUGGGCAGGUGUUUGAUCUACGCAAGGAUCAAAUCGAAGAAGUCCUGCUGGCGAUCCGCAACACAAUGGACAUAAGUCACGUUCCGCUGAAGGCAAUCGACUCCGCUCUGCCUGAGCAGCACAGCAUUGACCUCAACGUCGACAGUACGCUGAAAGAGUUUAGCGUGAGUGUGGCAGGCGUAAAACCUACGAUAGAGAUCCUUGAUCCUCAGCAUGCACCCUACAAUCGGACGCGCGAUAUACUCAACCUGGAAAACCUACGCGUAGUAAAUGUCGCGGACCCCAGUCCUGGAAAGUGGAACAUCAAGGCGACGUCCAACUCAUCCCACUCCGUCCGCUUGUCCGGCCACAGUGAGGUUCAGUUUAAGUUUGGAUUUUCCCUCCUAGAGCCACAGGACACAGUUUCACUCUCGAAUCAACCGGUUCUUCAUAAGCCAAACUUUCUCGCCAUCGAACCAUCCGAUCCGGCCUUGAUCCGUUCGCUCGAUUCGGUCACGAUCGCGUCGCACAACGCGGGCUCUCCCGGAGGGAAAAUGUUUGAGUUUUCCCUCCCACUUCAGCUGGUUCCGGGAACGAAGGCGCUCUAUCGUACCGAUGCGUUCGAUACACCACGCCAACAGUUUAAGCUAACAAUCAAUGGGAAAAGUAGUAAUGAUGAACCACUGCAGCGGCUGCUUUCGACGGCCCUUCAGGCGAUCGCUCAUACUCCGCCGGAAGUCACCGUUGGCUACGCCCACGUGCUGGACCUGAUCGAAGGGGAUACGUUCAUGUUGGACUGCCGAAUUCAGUCGCCAUUCCCAUUGAAUGCAAGCUGGCAGUUAAAUGGAACAGAGAUCCUUCAACGACACUUUGACCAAUCGAAUGUGUUAUCGAUGCUGCUAGCUAAUGUGACCACGAAGGAUGCUGGAAAGUACACUUGUUCAGCAAAAAACGAAAUUGGAAACGACGAGCAAGUAGUUUCCGUUCGAGUAACUCCUCAACACAAGCCUACAAUUAGGCUGCUACCAAAGUACACCCUUGCCAUCGAAUUCGAACAGUUCAUCGCUCUGCGAUGUAUUUUGGAUCAAAUCGAUGGAAAAUCGCAGCUCCACUGGACACACAAUGGAAAUCCACUGGAGAUGGCUACGGGAAAAUCGUACCUCGAAUUGGAGGACAUUGGGCAACGCCAUUCCGGUAACUACACCUGCUACGCGGACAUCGCUGGAGAGCGUGUGACGAGUGAGAACAGUACGAUAGUGGUCGAAUACGCUCCCAAGACGUCGUUGGCCAAUGUGGCACUGCUGGAGGAAUACGGAACGUUGGUCGAGAUGGAAUGUGAAAUCGAUGCAUUGCCCGCACCGGAAUACCAGUGGUACUAUCAGUCGCUGGAUCAAACCGACGAGCUCGAACCGUAUGACGCGAGUGGGAACACGAUCCGAUUCACCAUGGCACCGCAGAAGGAGGGCCUGUACGUAUGCGAGGGAAGAAACGUGUAUGGAUUUGUGAGGCAAACGUUUGUCCUGGAAGGUGCAGCUAAUGAUGCACCAGUUAUCAUUAAACCUCAGGAUACGACCAUCUACGUGGCACCUGGAUCGUCGAUCACGCUUAACUGCUCCUGUGAGCUCUGCCAGCCACUCAACGAAUACAUCUGGACCAGCCAGGGAGGAACGUUUGAGAGCAGCCCGGAAGAAUCAAUCGACAACAUACGCGUAUCGCUCGAUAACGAUCAGUCGCGUAAUGCUGUGCGUUAUUUGCUUACGAUCGACGACUUCCAAGCACACAACGAGGUCAGCUAUACGUGCAUCUUUUCCAAUAAACACGGAGCGGACGCAAUGAUCCUUCAGCUACGAAUGAUGGUUCCACCGGAGGUAGAAGCAAUGGUACUGGAUGGUGAAACUGUUAAUCCAACAGAUGCUAAAGUGGUCCGCAGUGAGGGCAAAGUAGCUUCCAUCGGAUGCGAAGUAGUGGGCCUACCGGAACCAACCGUCCAAUGGCAGUUGAAUGGCAAACCGAUCGACAUGUCCGGCGGACAGUUUCAACUAGAAAACGACAAUAAAACGCUCACCUUUAGAGACUCCUUUGGCGAGGCCGUUCAGGGAAAGUAUGCAUGUGUUGCUAGUAACCCACUAGGAAACACAUCUUCCUCACUCGAAUUGAUCCUUGGUGCAGUUCCAACCGCCUUAGCACCUCGAAAUGUGAAGGCAAAGGUUGGUGACUCGAUACAACUAAACUGCUCAAUCGACGGCAUUCCGGAACCUAAGAUUACGUGGGAACCGGUAACUUCGUUUGAAAAUCCUAAAUUAAAACAACAAAUUCUGGAAGUAUCCUACGACAAGGCUGGACUGUAUCGGUGCAUCGGAGCAAAUGAGUAUGGUACGGCGGAGCAAGUUAUCAGCGUUGAAGUAUUCGGAGCUCCCGAAGUGAAGGGUGCGUUGGAUAUUUCCUUGCAAAUCACGACAGGACAAGAUGCGUUGCUGGAAUGUUUUGGAUGGGGAAUACCGGAGCCUACUAUUCACUGGACGUUUAACGGAGCACCGAUUGCACAAGGGUUUGGAGUUGAAGUUACCGAGCAAGGACUGCAAAUUUCCAACAGUUCGUACGACCACAGCGGUAUCUAUGGAUGCGUGGUGGAGAAUGAGUAUGGCACCCUUCAAAAAAUGCACUACUUGACCGUGCGAGAUCCUCCAAAAAUAACAUCUUCCCUGGACUCUGACGUAACGCUUCUACCUAAUGACACCCUUCGGUUCGAAUGCUUCGGAACUGGUAGUCCUCCCCCAAAUGCAAAGUGGUUAUACAAUGGUACAACAAUGGCCAACGAUCGUCAGCUUUACCUUUCGUACAGUAACGCCUCCAUCGGUACCUAUACCUGUUUGCUCGAAAGCUCAGAAGGAGUCGACCGUCAAAAUAUGUUCGUCAAUGUGCUGCGUCCCCCGCAAAGAUUGUCCAACCCAAAUUUCACCAACAGUAUAGAGCCGCUGAAAGUUCGUGCCGAUGAUCCGUUGAUUCUCGUCUGCCCGUUUGAAAACUACAAGAGUCUACUGUGGCAACUGAACGAGCGCAAUCUCGAGGACUACUUCGACCUGGCCGACGUGAAGCUGCGUGAAAAUCUGCUCAUCAUCGAGCACAUCCGCUCGCGGCACGAAGGCACGUACACGUGUGUCGUGCAGAACCGUGCCGGAAGUGAUAGGCAGUCGUUCGUGGUAGGCGUGCUGUCACCUCCGUCCAUCCAGAGGAUCCAUCCGGCGGAGCUGAGCGAUGAGUUAGGUGAGCUGGCGCCCGAGGAUGCCGACAAGUGGUCAACCGGUAAACCGUAUGAAAGUGCGGUGGAAGUGAACCUUCUGUCCGGAGAAACUUUCCAGCUGGUUUGCCGGGCGAGUGGAUCACCGAAGCCAAACAUCUACUGGAACCGCGGAGUGGAAAUGGAUCAGGUCGUAUCGCAGACGGCCAACCUUACGAUUCCCGAUGUUGCACUGCACCAUAGCGAUCUCUACACGUGCGUGGCUGAAAAUGAACUCGGCAAAUCCACCCAGGUGUACCGGCUGGAUGUGAUGACUUCGCCACAGUUUUACGAUGAUCCGUUGCAAUCGAUCGAGGUUUUCGUUGGUGAUAACGUGGAGCUGGACUGUGAGAUGCAAGCCAACCCUCCCGCUUCCUAUCAGUGGCUUAAAGAGCACAAUGCCCUGGAUGAGUUUGAUACAGUGCUGAGCUUUACGAAUGUACAACCGGAUGAUUCGGGAAUGUAUCACUGUGAUGUUCAAAAUAUUUUUGGGCAAAACAAAAAGUCCUUCAAAGUGCUUGUUUACCAACCUGCCAAAAUAAUCUCCUACUCACCAAGCCAAACACUCCUGGCCGGUGACAACAUCGAAUUGGAUUGCGAAGCCAUAGGUAACCCUAUUCCAGUGCUAAGUAUCAUCCACCGAGGAGAAGUGCUUGCAUCCACGGCCGAACUCGAUGGCCCGGCGAUGGUAAUCGGCCAGAACUAUCGCGUCAAAACUAACCUAUACAAAAGCCUACAAAUGCACAGUUUCUCCGCGGUGCGCGUUUCACCGUAUGCCGUCCGGUUUACAAUGCGCCAACCGAAGGCCUCCCUGCUAGACAAGGGCAAAUAUCUGUGUAUGGCACAAAAUGCGAUCGGAUUCGAUGAGCACCUGGCAAAACUGGACGUCAUGGUGCCACCGUACGUACGGUCGGAAAGGCUGAAAUCGGACGAAACGACCAUCCGGCUGCUGGAAGGGUUACCUAUGUUCCUGUUCUGUCCAAUCGACGGCAGUCCGAAGCCAACCAUCGGCUGGUACCGGAACAAUAACCGACUGAAGCAAUCGAGCAGCACUUUCUUCCUGCCCUCCGUAAGCCAGCGAGACGCCGGCACGUACACCUGCUUCGGGGAGAACCCAAUCGGUAAGACCGAGCUGCACUACGAGCUGGAAGUGAUGGUACCACCGUCCAUCAUCAGCAGUUUGCUCUUCGGAGAAAACUACCUGUCCGCCGAUCAGCCGGAUCAGGAGGAAAUUCCCCUUGCCGCCGGCGACAAUGUUACGCUCGACUGCUCCAGCCUGGGACAUCCAAUCCCCGCGGUACACUGGAUGAAGGUGGACUACCUGGACGAGCGCCGGAACGAGCUGCUGCCGCAGCGGGAUCCGAUUCUCGAGCUGUUCGCCAUCGAGCGUACCGUCACGUACUCGUGCUUCGUGAACAAUACGGUCGGUUCGGCCCAGAAACUAUUCCACCUGGUCGUGCAGGCACCUCCAACGUGGAAAUCCGGUCCGAAGUACUCCUUCGAGCAGCGUGUUUCGUUGCACCAUAGUUUGGAUUUGGCGUGCGAAACGGACGGAAGCCCGGAAGCGACCGUAACGUGGACGAAAGAUGGCACCCGGUUGGAGAAGCACGACGCGGACUACUUCUUCGGUGCGAAUGGACAAACGUUGCGGAUGCUAGCGGCUAAACUGACCAACGCAGGGAGCUACCAGUGCACGGCAAGCAACGUACUGGGACAGAUCAGCCGCGAGUUCCAUGUGACGAUCGAUGUCCCGGUGAGUUGGUCCCCUUGGGGUGCUUGGUCGGCGUGCAGUGCCACGUGCGGCACUGGUACGCAGUUCCGAUCGCGCAUCUGUCUCCUACUCAACGGUUCCCCGGCACACGGAGAUCAGUACAAUUGCCACGGUGAAAACGUUCAGCUGAAAUCCUGCGAGCUUCUACCGUGUCCCGUCAACGGGGGCUGGAGUGAGUGGAGCAGCUGGAGCAACUGCUCGCUCGGGUGCGUGACUGAGUUCAGCGGGAAUCGAUCGGUGCGUAGUCGCCACCGAAAAUGUAACUCCCCGGCUCCAUCGCUCGGUGGCAAACCGUGCAUCGGAGAGGACGCCGAAGAGGAACCGUGUCCUGCUAAGUACUGUCCCGUCGAUGGCGGGUGGACGGAAUGGUCUAGCUGGACCGCUUGCAGCGAACCGUGUGGCUUUGGUCGUAGCCUCCGCUGGAGAAGCUGCUCCAAUCCGACCCCACGGCAUGGUGGGCGAGCGUGCGAGGGUUCGGAGAGUGAGGUGAAGAGCUGCAAGCAGCAAGAGUGCCACGUCGAUGGCGGUUGGUCCGAGUGGACAGCGUGGACACGGUGUAGCAAAACGUGCGGCAAAGGAAUCAAGAGCCGCAAACGGUUCUGCAACAAUCCGGAACCGAAAGCGGGCGGAAAACCGUGCGCCGGGGCUAACGUCGAGCAUGAACAGUGUGGCACGAAACGGUGCCGCAACGAUGCCCUCAUCAAGACGAUGGAACCGAGUAAACCGCUGACGCCACUACUGGUCUACGAUACGCAGACCCACCCGUCGGCAGGGCAUCCGGGUCGUUCCGAACCUUCGAACGAUUUCGAUCACUCCGACUAUGAAGAGAACGACAACUCGCAAGAUGAGAGGGACUUCCAGGUGGUACGCAAGUAUGAGUACGCCGAGGCGGCACCGAUCGAGUAUGUAGACAUACCUGCACCGGUGCCAAAUCCCAGUCCACUCGGUAUUACGGUGACGAUGACGAAUACGGUACGCCUUUCCAACGACACUACCGCAUUCACACUAAACUUCGGCAAUCCAACAAUAUCAUCCUCUCCUACGAUCAUCACAUGUAUGGAGGGUUUCGUAUACAAUCCCUCCAACCAUACCUGCAUCGAUGUGGACGAGUGUGCCGAAGGCUACUGCUCCGAACCAGGCCAGGUGUGCACGAACACGAUCGGAAACUUCCGGUGUGACUGUGCGGCAGGAUAUGCUGCCAAAUACGACGACUCCGAGGGACCCGACGGGUACCUGUUCCAGGAAAUGCAGUGUGUCGAUGUGAAUGAAUGUCGUGAGGGUACACACGAGUGUUCCCACUUUUGCACCAACACUCCCGGCAGCUACCAAUGCUUCUGCCCGGAACGGGCACUGCUCUCCAAGGACGGAAAAACCUGCACGAUCAAGCGCAAACGGAAUGAACCGAUGAUGCGCGUCACUCCAAGCUGUCCGAAGGGUUUACAGUGGGAAAAUGGACGCUGUCAGGACAUUGACGAGUGUGCCCUACAGAUGGACGAGUGUGGCGAACAGUAUUCCUGCAUUAACACGCGCGGAAGUUACCUGUGUGUGUUUACCUCGUGUCCGCCGCAGUACGAACAGGAUUACGAGCGCAAUAUCUGCGUCCUCAACUGCACGAUGGCCCGGGCCCGCUGCUCGAACGGGGUACAUGCCGGUCAAACGGUAUCGUUCCUUAUCGUCGAACUGGACCGAUUCAACCCGUAUCAGGCCCUUGCCAUCGUGACCAUUCCGGUGGCACAACGUGCACUGGAGUAUACCACCUCGUGGACGCUGCGUGAUCGACGGUACGCGCACAUUUUCUCGAUGGAAAAGAUGCACCAGACAUCCGGUGCGGUACACCUGUACGCGAACCGAAAGCUCCAGCGUGGCAAACCGUACAAACUAACCGUGAUGGCAAAAACGUACCGGAGGAGACGGUUGGAGUUUAUCCACGAUUUUGAAGUGCACGUGUACUGGAUGGAUUAG